GGGGCCGCCGGGGCCAUGCGCGCGGGCUGGGCAGGGGACCCGCGGGGCGCAGAGCGUAGCCGCUUCGGAGCCUGAGCCUCCCGGGGCCGCGGCCGGGGAGCCGCGCGGGGCCGGCCGGCCGGGGGGAGGGGAGCGAUGCGGCGCCGGCGGGCCGCGGUGGCCGCGGGUUUCUGCGCCUCCUUCCUGCUGGGCUCGGUCCUCAACGUGCUCUUCGCACCGGGCUCGGAGCCUCCGCGGCCAGGCCAGUCCCCCGGGCCCUCGCCAGACCCGGGCCCGGGCCGUCGCGGGGGCCGCGGGGAGCUGGCCCGGCAGAUCCGAGCGCGCUACGAGGAGGUGCAGCGCUAUUCCCGCGGGGGCCCCGGUCCCGGGGCCGGCCGGCCGGAGCGGCGGCGCCUGAUGGACCUAGCUCCGGGCGGCCCGGGCCUGCAGCGUCCCCGCCCCCCGCGGGCCCGGCCCCUGCCCGACGGCGCUCCGGGCUGGCCCCCGGCUCCUGGCCCGGGCUCCCCCGGCCCGGGCUCCUCCGGCCCGGGCCCGCGCCUGGGCUGCGCCGCGCUCCGCAACGUGUCCGGCGCACAGUACGUGGGCUCCGGCUACACCAAGGCCGUGUACCGGGUCCGCCUGCCCGGCGGCGUCGCGGUGGCGCUCAAGGCGGUGGACUUCAGCGGCCACGAUCUGGGCAGCUGUGUGCGCGAGUUCGGGGCGCGGAGGGGCUGCUAUCGGCUGGCGGCCCACAAGCUGCUCAAGGAGAUGGUGCUGCUGGAGCGGCUGCGGCACCCCAACGUGCUGCAGCUCUAUGGCUACUGCUACCAGGACAGCGAGGACAUCCCAGACACCCUGACCACCAUCACGGAGCUGGGCGCCCCUGUGGAAAUGAUCCAGCUGCUGCAGACUUCCUGGGAGGAUCGCUUCCGAAUCUGCCUGAGCCUGGGCCGCCUCCUCCACCACCUGGCCCACUCCCCGCUGGGCUCGGUCACUCUGCUGGACUUCCGCCCCCGACAGUUCGUGCUGGUGGAUGGGGAACUGAAGGUGACGGAUCUGGAUGACGCCCGCGUGGAGGAGACACCGUGCACAGGCAGCGCUGACUGCACACUCGAGUUCCCAGCCAGGAAUUUCACCCUGCCCUGCUCAGCCCAGGGCUGGUGCGAGGCCAUGAAUGAGAAACGCAACCUCUACAAUGCCUACAGGUUUUUCUUCACAUACCUCCUGCCCCAUAGUGCCCCACCCUCACUACGGCCUCUCUUGGACAGCAUUGUCAAUGCCACAGCACCGUGCACUCUGCAGGAGAGCUCACCUGCGGGGUGGACGAGACCCUGGCCCAGCUGGAGAAGGUGCUGCACCUGUACCGGAGCGGGCAGUAUCUGCAGAACUCCACGGAGGCCGGCAGAGCCGAGUACCAGCACCUCCCAGGCAGUACCAUCCCCCAGGAAGACUACCGCUGCUGGCCAUCCUACCACCACGGAAGCUGCCUGCUUUCAGUGUUCAACCUGGCCGAGGCUGUGGACAUCUGUGAGAGCCAUGCCCAGUGCCAGGCCUUUGUGGUCACCAACCAGACCACUUGGACAGGUGAGCCAGUGGGAAAGGACAUCCUGAGGGAGGUGACUGGACUCCCCGGAAGAGAUUGACAGGUAGCGGUCCCCCAUCAGAAGCCAGCGAUGGUGAGAAGACAAGUGUCCUCAGGGCAGUUGCGUUAUGAGGAGAGUGGCCCUGCGUCCAGGGAGAGAAUCAUCCAGUCCUGUUACCUCUUACCUCUGCCCCCAGGUCGGCAACUAGUCUUUUUCAAGACAGGAUGGAGCCACGUGGUCCCUGAUCCCAGCAAGACCACAUAUGUGAGGGCCUCUGGCUGACCUGUCUGUGGGCUCAGCUGACCAUCCCUGCCAGCUGGGCUUGCCUGUGACUUGCACUGGCAGCACUGCAUGUCACCUGGGCACCCCUGCAGACAAGGCUGACAUCCCCGACAGACCGAGGUGACCAGGACAACGUGCAAUAAUGCCACAUGUUAAAAUGUGAGUUUACCAGUCUAGGUCUGGGACUGCUGGCUCCAGGGCAGGAAUCACGGAGGGCUGACUGCCCCUCUCACCCUCUGGGCUGCCAGCGAGGCUCAGGACGGUCUCGCCACUGGGGGCUCUGCCCCUCACUGGGACAGUUCUGUGGGCAGCCCCAUCACUGUGUUCGUAGCGCGAGAAUGUAGCCAGAGACCCUGCUGCCGUUGCUGCUGCCUGUGCCAUGGCCCGGCCGGGGCCGCGUGGGGACAGUCAGUCACAGAGUGUUCUCUUAGCCAAGCUCCAGACUGGAGACUUGAAAGGAUGCUCCGGGAGAUGGGUGAUUCUGUACCUGGGGAGGCCGCCUCUGGGCCCGACAGGGGCGCUGACCGGCCAGCCCAGGAGCAGGGGCACAGGAGCACGCGAGGUAUGAGCCAGGUCAUGGGGUUGAGGGGCAGGUAGCAGUUUGAGCCAGGACCUGGGGCGGGGGUGGGGCCGGGGCCUUUCUGCCUCAUUUGCUUUCAGUGAAAGCCGCAAAGCAGCCAAAAGCAGCCUCUCCCCGCUCCUGGAGUUUGUAUAUCCAGAAGCUUUUGUACUUCUUGUUCAUUAAAAUGUUUAUUUUUGUAAGAAAAAAAAAUCAAUUAAUAAAAGGACAUUUCAUGGCAAGGGCUCUUCUCAA